GGACCCCACACAUGGGCUGUGAAGCUCCCUCAUGACACCAGGACGGGAGAAUCUUAAUUCUCAAUCUCCUUCCUCCUCCCCUGCCUCACCAGAUGUACAUAUACAUCCAUGAUGACCGGCUUGCCUCCCAGCAGAAACCAAAGUUUCCUGGGCUUCUCUGCUUGCCGGUGAGCUACAGAUCAGAGAGGAAGAGGAGAUUGCCCUUGUUAACCGGCAGGGAGUUGAGGAGGUCAGGAGAUUCUGAAUACAGACUCACAAUUAAGCAAAAGGGAUCAGCAUGAACCUUCACCAAGACAUGGAGAGGGAGCAGAUGAGGAUGGCCAUACUGAAGCAAGAGCAAAUAUUCAGACAACAGGUUCAUGAGUUGCACCGGCUGUACCACGUUCAGAAGCAGUUGAUGCAGCAGAUGCCAACAACCGUAUCGUCGAAUCGAGCUCCGGUGAUCGUCGACGUCAAGCCGAAACCGCAACUGGACAUUUGGCACGGCGAGAAGGCUACAAAUCCUCAGCAACUCAUCAGCUUCUCGAGCUACAAGGCCCAUGCCCCUGCACCUGCUCCUGCAGAGGACUGCAACCUUGAGCUGACUCUAGCAACCGGGCCAAGCACCAGCGGCAGCUGCAACGCUGAGAGGCAGCAGGGGAAGCGGCUCAAGUCGUCGUCCAACUCGGACUCCGGGACCACGGCGGUGUCGUCGACGUCGACGGACUCGGAGCUGGCGCAGUUCAGGGAGGCCGACGUGAUGGCGUCGGCGGCGGCGAGGUUUCCCGGCGAGAGUAGGAGGAGGAUGGAUCAGAUGGGGCAAGGUCCGUGGAUGUACCAGUGCUUGAGCCUGAAGACGGCAUGAUGGUGUGUAGGACUGGGGUGUAGGUUUCAGAUGGAGACAGAGCGCAUGUUUGACACAUGCACAGUUGUACAUCACAGAGGUGAUUGAAAAAAAACAAGAAGGUGAUUUGUUGCAGCAAGUGGUAUUGAUAGUUUUGAUGAUUUCCAUGAACAUAUUAACUGAUAAUGCAAAACCAUACUCAUCUCU